UGAUUUAGGAGAAGUUAAAAUAAAACAUGUACUUAAAGGUUCUGGAACUGGCAAGAUUACUAAAAUACUCAAUAAUGAUAACUUUUUGAUAUGUAAACUGAUGCGGGUUGAGAAACGUGAGUUAUUAGAAUGUCUUGAAUUUAUGUCAAAUCCUU